AUGUCUGCACCACAACCAGUCCCAGACGCUCCGCUCUUCGGGGCAGCCCGUACUGUUGACCGCCAGGGACUCGUCGUCAUUAUAUGGGUAUGCUUUACUGUCGCUACACUUUUCGUCUCACUACGACUUUACGUCCGAUGGAACCAGAACAGACGAUUCUUGGCAGAUGACUGCUGGAUCUUCUUCGCAUGGUUGUGUACCUUGACCAUGGCCAUAUUGCAGACUGAGCAGAUGGAAGCUCUGUGGUACAUGACUCACCUCCAAGCCGGCCGCAUCGCAUACGAACCGGAAGAGAUGCUAUCGCAACGCAGCCAGUUGGCGAAAUGGCAAUUCCCAAUUAUCAAGAUGUUUUGGAUCAUUCUUUGGUCCGUUAAAGCAAGUUUCUUGGCCAUCUUCUGGCGACUGGUACAACCUUUCGUCAUCAUUCGACGCUUGUGGUACUUCGUCUGCUUCUUUACCGCCUCGGUACUGGUUGUUUGUGUGAUUUGCAGUGUAUUUACGUGCAAUACACCAUCCGAUUAUUUCUACGGCAAGUACACCUCUCUCCUUGGGACUUAUAUCAUCGAACUUGCUCUGACCAACAUUGCUUAG